UAUAUAAAUGCAAAAUGGACGGACGAACACGGCGAGCAAACUUUCAGAAACUACAAACCGCGAACUCCAAGCAGCGCUCCAGUACGGCAAGCACGGUGCCAAUGACAUUAUCCGAGUAUUUCGAUCAUGCUGAGAGUCCGAGCAAUACUCUAGCACCCGAGGCCGCGGGACAGGAGCCACUCUUUGCAGAGCCCAGUAAGAAGCGGACACGAGGGAGCCACGAGGAUAAGCCUGCUGCUGUGGCUAAGCCCAAGAAAGCGCCUAAGCUGAAAAGCAGUGCAACUCAGAAAAGAGCUCGGGGCGGCGGACGCAGCAAGCAGCCCAGCAUAAGCAACUUUCUACGCAACGAGCAGCUCUUCUCAGAGGUCACAGCACAGCACUGCAUGGCAGACAACUUUAGUCCCGAUGACAUUGAAAUGGCGUUGGCCUUGUCCAAAUCAGAAGCAGAGAAACAUGGACGACUACGUCUGCAGGAUACGGAAGACGAGCGGGAGGAAGUGGUUAAUCUUAUUGAUGAUACAGCGCAUCAAUCAACCGAUAAUAUACGACGCAAGCUGCAAAAAUAUGGCUUUCGUACGGCUGCUAAGGAGGAAUAUAAUGUGCUUACCUUUGCUGCCUUGCCAACACGUGGCAAACGCUGCAAAUGGGCAAAUAAAUUUACGCCCCUUACACUACGCAAUCCGGCAGAGCAGCUGAAAAAGUUGCAGGCCAAGGUAGAUGCUCUAAUGAAGCAACAGGUGCGCACCAAGCUGCCAAGCGCAGAACUUCGAAUGCCAUUCGAGUUGAUCAGCAAACGUCUGCUUCAAUUGGAAGCCAAAGCUGAGCGAUGUAUUGUCCAUGAACCAAGCGAAGAGUCCCUCACAAAUUUAUCUGAAUAUUAUGUGCAGGAUUUAAUCGAAAUCAGUCGUACACCUGCGCACCAUUUGCUGAAGAACUGGGCAGUUAUACCUGGACGAGAUUUAUCGCCGAAGCCAGAAGGUGCUGCUGGCUUGCGUAGAAAGCAGCAAUUGGAACGGGUCUACGAAGAGCUAGAGGCGCAUUUUGGUUCAGCUGCUGAGCAGCAAGAAUUGGAUGAGCUGGAAAAGCUGGUGGCAGACAAUAUGAUACAGGAUAAUAGCCAAACGUUAGCUGAUGUUGCUGAGCAGGAUCAAACCCUACUGGCAGUUGAAAGAAGUGAAAUUCGAACUGAAAAUGUAAUACAGGAGCAGAGCGAAGUGGCAGAGGCCGAAGUGAAAAUCACGUUAAGCGAGGCGAGUCCUUUAAAGGAGCCGCCAGACAAGCGAGCCAAGAUGAUGCAAAAAGCUGAGGAGUUAAGUAAUGAUAAGGAGAACACACAACCCACUUCGUCGGCUCUACUUAGUUUGCCCACGCAAACCACACGCUGCACUUCACCCGAUCUAUUUGCGGAUUCGGAUGAGGAUGAUGAAAAGACGACAUCAGCCACAGGCAGCGCAGCUAUUGAGAUGCACAACUUUUCUAUGAAGGUCUACAAGAACAUAAGCACAACCGAUAUAAAUAGCUAUGAAGUCUAUUCCAGUGAUGAAGUGAAGACUGUAAAAGAUGCUAAAGCGGAGCACGAAACUGUUGAAAAUAACUUUAUAGAUUUGACACAGAAGUCAGAUUCAUCCGAUGCCGCAGUGGAAACCACCUCAAGUAAAUCUUUUUUCGAGCAACACAUUUUUCCGCAAAGCCCAACCAUAAACUUCGAUAAUGAUAUUGAGUUAUACGAACAGCCGGAACAUUGUGAAAUCUCUGAUGAAUUGUAUGCCAAAUAUGGCAGACCAUCAAGGCAGACUAAAGCAGACUCAACGGAUCAUUCCUUUAAAAUAAGCACCGCUACAGCUUCUCCUGUUGACACAGACUCAACGCUCAGCUUUAGUCACUUGGAAAAUACCAAAGUUGCCUUCAGUUUAACGCAAUCGCCAGGACAGCUGGAGGCCAGCUUCAAGAGUCCUUUGAGUCGACGUAGCAACUCCUUUGCUGAUAAGCCCAUUUCGCCAUUUACUACUCCACUGAGUCACUCAAAUGCCGCGAGCAUUGACUUAACGCAAGACAGUGGCGAUGAUAAUGAUGAUGAUGCUGAUGAUGAUGAUGAUGCUGGUGUUCUGCUCUCUGAUGAUGAAAUCAACUAUUCGAUUUGGAAGGCGGGCAAACCAUCAGAUCAGCAGCUAAGCAGUGACAGCAGCGACAGUGGCAGCACUCAUAGUUCGCCUUUGAAAAAGACUAAAAGUGUGCCUUUUUUUAAGACUAUGGAUGAUUUGGAUGCUUAUUUGGAUAGCUGCGCGGCGACAUCCAGCAACUCACGCUCUCCAAACAAGAGCGCAUUGAGCAAAGAACGCGCUGAGUUUGGCAUAAUGGAUGCAGCAAUCUCUCAACCGUUUACACUUUCUCAGCUUCAGAGUACGCAAGCGAAAGCUGACUCACCGCGGGGUUCUGUUGACUGGACGGAUGCAUCCUUUCUGGACACGCCUCCGGAGUCGCGCAUAAAACCUUUCUCCAGCAGCAGCACUAACAAAUUUAAAGAGCUGCUCAACGAAGUCUCUGAAUCAGCUGAGGAUUUCGAUGAAUUCGAUCGUAUGGUGUUUCAAUCAGACGGUAAGGAUGCAGCCAAUGAUGUGCCUAGUGGCCUGGAUCGCCUGCUGCUGGGUGAGAUCAAUAUAGACAAUUUGCCAGAGUCUGUGCCCUCCUCUGCGCCAUCUGUGCCACCUGUGGAACCAACUACUCCACUUGCUGCUGACCAAUUGGAGGUGAAUGGUCAGGUGUACAAUGUGCGCAUCUGUAAAUCACCUAAGCCAGACUUUGUUCUCAUGACAGAGUCUGAGCUAAUGCAGCAGCUGUACAACUAUGGCAUUAAACCUCUGAAACGUAAACAGGCUGUCAAACUGCUGGAAUAUAUAUAUAAUCAGACGCAUCCCAUUAUGCUGCCGCUUGCAGAGGAGCCGCAACAGCCACUGCCACUGCCGCGCUCAAAAUCGACGCCAGUCACCGGAGGCAAAGGCAAAUCUACCCACGUUCGGCUGCUUCAGGCAGACAGCACCGAUUGCCUCACGCCUGCCGAGGCUGACUACCAACCGAGUCUCAAGUUUCGUGAUGCCUCUGGAUCGGAGCUGUUGCGUUUCUCACAGUCCAACCCGGUAGAGCUCUGCGAUGAAUUCGAGUUCUACGUGCUGCAGACGAAUGUCACCAAGAAGACGCCACAGCCGCUGUUGCCACUACACAUAGCCUGGCACAAUUUGCUCUGCGCCAAUCCCAGCCUGCAUGAAAGUGUGCUAAUGUUUGAGCCCAUCGACUUACAGGACAUCUAUCUAUAUCUGAAGCAGCUGGGUCAUCGCUACGACCCCAAGGAUCUCAAGUGCUUCUUUGACAGACGCUGCAUCAUCUUCCGCUAUGAGCUGGCACCGCCCAGCAAUCCGACUCAACGCCACAUUCGAAAACCCAAGUCCAAAAAGCCCAGUGGAAAAUCCUAGAAACUUAGCUUUAU